AUGUCAACAAAUGGUAUUUGGCAACUUAAGAGCAUUGUUUUGAGGUAUAGUGAGACUGGACACAGCAGUAGAGGCUUAAGAUAUUACCUGAGGAACCUUCUACAUGUGUUUCAGAUCAAGAACCCUCAAAUCGAUAUUUCUGUAAACCAUGAACAAUAUGAACUCCCACUAGCAACAUUUAGAGAUGGGUCAAAGUAUGAAAUAAGCCUCAAGGACCUCGAGGCAAGACAUAUUGACGAGAUUCUCCAAUUCCAUCGCAACUCUUCUGGAAGAAUGGAAUAUAUGAAACAUGGACAAUCUGGAGUUUGGACCACAAACAGAUCAAUCCAGGGCUUAUGGAAGCCUACUUUCAGUAGCCAAAUGAAUGCUUUAUCAUGGUUUAAGAGAUUAUCAGCUUCGAAAUCGCCAUAUCGGCUUAAAACACUACCAAAAUACUCUUCGAAGUCACUCAACCUUUGCUGUGAAGCAGUAAAAGGCAAUGGUCGUUGGGGAGAUGAGUCGAUUUUCCCCAAGGGUUGGGACCAGAAUUAUCUAAAGCAGAUUUUUUGUCACCCGUUUCUCAAUGAUUCAUUAAACAAUCUCUAA